AUGUUCCUUUCUGCACACAACAGACCACAGCCACCUCACAUCUCCACCGUCUCUUUCAACACUUCAACUCUGACAAUACAUUUAACAUCAUGGCCAAUUAGUAUUAGUAGAAUUGCUUCAUCACAGCAGAUAAAACCAAGUAGAAAACAAGUAGAAAAACCAAACAUUCAGGAGGAAAACUGGUGUAAGUCUGUGCUUUGGGGAAUAACACUGUAAAGCUAGCUUUCAAGACAGAUUCAAGGAUUACCAGGGAUUGCAACAUCUCUCCAUUCAACAUCUCACAUGCACAUGCCACAUGCACAGUAACAGUUCUUCAAAGACACAGUUUCAUAAAAGGAUCUGUCCAAAUGGCAGGUGAGAUUAUGCUUUUUACCUAGCACCCUGUCAGAUUAGAUUGCACCAUAGAGUCCUUAGUUUCUUAAUUGUGUUGUCUUGUGCACUAGAGUAGCAUAUCACUAGUAAUCAGAUCAGAAGGUCAGUCUUUGUAGUUGCCCCACCUUUCACCUGGGACGGCUAACUUCAACCACUGAUCGAAGCUCCUAUGCUAAAUAGCUAAUCCUAAGGAAUCCUGUUGUUUUGAAUGUGUGUUUGUGUUUUGUGUCUUCCCCCCUCUAGUUAUGCUUAUAUGGUGUCUCUAGUCCACACACAUCUAAAUCUGAACUCUAAAUUGGUCUUCUCAUACAGGACUUUGUAGGCAAAGCCUCACAGGAAACCAGUGAGACAGAGGAGACUAAUCAAAAUGAAGAUGAGGAUGGAGAAGAUGAACAUGAUGAAGGUGUUGAAGAAAUGGAGGGCAGUGAGGAAGAGGAAGGGAAUGGUGAAGAAAAGGAGGAGAAGGAUCAAAAGAGGGAUGCAGAGCCAGACGAAAGCCUCAACACCUCAUCACUUAAGGAAGCGGAGGUAGAAAAAGAGGAGAUGGUCCUAGAUGAUGCUGUUAAAGGUGUGUUGAUCCCAGAUGGUGCUGUUAAAGGUGUGUUGGUCCCAGAUGGUGCUGUUAAAGGUGUGUUGGUCCAAGAUGGUGCUGUUAAAGAGUCUGAAGAGAAACCAGAACCACAGCCUCAGACAGAGGAGAAGCUCGAGUCCACCAAACAGCCUCAGACAGAGGAGAAGCUCGAGUCCACCAAACAGCCUCCGACAGAGGAGAAGCUCGAGUCCAUCAAACAGCCUCAGACAGAGGAGAAGCUCGAGUCCACCAAACAGCCUCAGACUGUGAAGGAGGAGGAAAAAUCAAGGGGCGUCUUUGGAUCAAACAGAAGGCGAUCUCUGUUCCAACGGCCGCAGGCAGAGGAGAAGGUGGAGGGCUCAACGGAGAGCACUUCACCGGGGAAGCAGAUCGUUGAGGGCUCCUCUGUGUCUGAACAGGGCGUAGGAGAUGCCGGGCGCGGCAUCAGCAGCGAGACCCAGCAAGGCAAAAAAGGACGUUCAGCCACCUGCACGCUCCUCUAAUGAUCCUCAAAGGGGCGACUGGGAUGAACAUCGGGAGCUUACAUACCAAUACCGAGUGUUACAAACCUACAAGAUGACCACUAACUUUAUUUUCUGAUUCUUUAUUAAAAGUCACUGAUUGUGUUUCAUCCAUAUUCUGUCAAUGAGGGUAUCUUUUAAUUCCUAAAUGUAUGUACGUAUGUUCUCAUAUGGAUUGCAAUUGAUCAGUAUGGAACUGAAACCUGAAAAGACAUAAUAAUUUGCUGUGGUGUACUCUAGAUUUGUAUUUUAGGUGUGUCUGUAAUGUGUUUUUUUUUGUCUGUGUGUGCAUGCGUUUUGGAGAGUGGUUUAUAUUCUUAUAACAAAUGUAUAUUUUCAUAUAAUUAUUAUUUAUGCUGGAUAAACUGCACACUUGCACUUUACAAAGUUUGUAUUCAAAAGAACACUUGAGAUUUAGGGAUUUGUAACUGGAUGUGAAAAACCAUUCUGUAACAGUUUACUGUUUUGUACUUUGUACUGUUUUGUACUACAGUAAACAAACGUGGGGGAUCCCUAA